AUGCCUCAUUCACUAGCACAGCAGCCAAAUCGAAACACCCGAACCAACAACGCCUACACACGUGAUCGCCUUCUCAGCCAGACAUGGACGACAUCCCACACCCGCCCACCGACCACGAGCGCACAUGGUACUACUACGGCCUUCCGAGCCAGCCCAGGCUUGCUUGUUGCACGCUCAAGCACGACACCCUUCAAGCCCAUUGAUAACGCCUGGUCGUCUGAUUCAAAAACUCUGACCGUCGUCGGCGAGCACCCCAUCGUGAGCCAAUGGAACAACGACCGUUCCUCGUUGAGGAAUGAAAUUGUCGCCAUCCCCACCAGCGAGGCAGUCGAGUGGCAGGCAAUUGAUGUUAUCCGCAUCGGAGACGCCCGCGAUGACGAUAUGCCCGUAGCCGUUUCCAUCUCCAUCAUGGCGGCAACACUGUCAUGGGACGUUGGCAAUCGAGUCGCUUGGCGCUGCCAGUGCGCCCUUGACGAACACGGACUCAAAGACGUCUGUUGCAAGAUCAAAGAAUCGGCAAUAGUCAACCUCGCAUCCACUCCCGCUGUGCUCAAACAAUCUCUAGAUAUCAAAGGGGCGGGUUAG